GAGCUCAUGGCGUCCGAGUUCUAACAGCCCGCUGGGUUUGGCACUAUAUUUGUUACUAAUUUAGGCACUUAGCCCAUACCAAUUGAUCGACAGCGAUGAAUUUAAGAUAGUUUCAUCUAUCGAACAAAUUCAAAAUGGGAUGUAAUGCUUAGGAGGGUACAUCAGAGCUUUUAAACAUGGAUGAAGAUUAUGUUCCAUCUUUGCUGGCCUCGUUUUAUCACUCACUGCCCCAUGUGAAUAUUACUUUUCAAUUAGUGAACAGUACCUUUAACCCCAGGAGCAAUAUCUACUUAGAGUCAUUGGGAGUUGCAGCUAGUGUUCCAGCUGUAUGGCUGCUCUUGACUCUAUUGGUUUUGCUAUCAUAUUUGCUUUCUCGCUGUUGUGACAAACAGCUCAGACAGGGUAGAAGUCUUUACUGCCAUCGUUGGGUUCUCGGCGUGACGGCAUUUAUUUGCAGCGCUACCGUAGCGAUCGGUCUUUACGGGAAUGACGAUGUACACAAUGCUUUCUUGCGAUUUAGUACUACGUUGCGUGCCGUUCAGCACAAUAUUGACGCCGUCAAGGAUAAUAGUCAUUCGCUAAAAUUAAAUCUAGAAACUCAAAGUUUCCCAUUAGCCGAUCGUCUAACAGAAGUUGUGGACGAUGGUAAGCUCCUACCGAACGCUACUAUUCAGCGUCUGGCAUUGGAGCUGUUACAUGGAACCACGGCAAACAUAAAUCGUUCCAUCGAUGAUAUGACUCUGCUUUACGAACGUUUAUUGCCGCCGUCUCCUCUGCCACCAUUCCUUAGAGUUUUUGAUGCCAUCGAAGUGUAUAGAUGGCCGAUUACCAUGGGCCUGCUCAGCGCCUUCAUCUUGCUUUGCUUGAUUCUGAUUUUCGGAGUCGUUCGCCGCAUACGCUGCCUACUUGUCAUGUUUGCCGUUUUGGGCCUGCUAAUGAUUAUCAUCAGCUGGUGUACCGCUUCAGUCUAUGUCGCUGUAGCCAUUGGUAUGGGGGAUGCAUGUGUCGAUCCCGCUGGUGUUAUCGAGCGCCUAAUUGCCAAUCAAUAUGGCAUAGAUGUCGCCGAUUACUAUAUUCACUGCCCGGUUGACGGUGCAGUCAAAGAGAGUGGCCCUUUCAACAAUUUUGUGCGCCAGGCCCGCUUAAAUAUCGAAAAAAGCGAACAGCUAGUUGCCGAGUUUGCCGCUCUCGCCGAAAUGCACUAUUCGCCAAAAGACGUUCAGCCUUCACUCGACAAGCUUACCAGAUCUUUGAAAACCGCAACCCAAAACUUGGCUACUCUGGCCGGUUUAGUGGAUUGUGCGCCGCUUCAUCGGCGAUAUUUGGAUUUACUCGAUGUCGUCUGCAACAAAGCUUUAUUUGGACUAACCUUUAUGUUGGCAAGUGCAUUGGCCGCUGGAUUGCUAUUUACAAUUUUGGUCUGGGUAGAUUCUCACGUUUGGAUUUAUCUAAGGAAACGUAAGGGUUAUUUACAAGUAGCCGAAGCAGAUCCGUUCCUUCCUCUAUCUAGUAGCGCUGGCAGUAGCAGCCGUGGUGCCCAAGGUGGCAGUCUAAACCGACCAUCGCUAAAUCCUCCGCAAACAUAUUCGUCAGCUGGAACGUAUCCUGGACGUCACGCACAUUAUCGUCAUACACACACUCCACCACAGACGCCGCCUUUCCCGGGAACCAUGAAUGGACGUGGAAGUCAUAACCGUCAUGAGCAACCCUCAGCCCCACCACUUCUGUUGGGUCCCAAUAAUGGCCAGUAUCCCACGUUGAGUAAGUCAUGCAAAACGCUUGAGUCGUCUGAUUUUUACUAGUGAUUAGACGUGCAGAAAUGAAAGCAAAAAAAGGGGGGAUUAGCACUGGCGGAAUCUAUUUAUGUGGAUUUUUUAAAAAUGAAUUUGUUUUCCUCCAUACACGUGUUAUUGAAGUCAUUGAAAGAGAAACAAAGCAGUUGCUAUCCUAACUGCAUUUCUCAUUAGGGUAAACAGAUACCACUACAUUUAGGAGUUGCAGGAAAAUAUGGCAGGGGAGUGUGAAAACCUCCGUCAGAUAAGAUGACAGUUUCUUUGGUACCAAUUUCCAGCUCUAUUACUUCGCGGUAUCAUUAAACAUAUACGCGAGCCAUGUCUACUAUGUACGAAACUAUAUGGUUUUAUUAUCCCUAGCGCAAACUAAUCAUGUCCGACUCCUUUAUCCUUAUUGGUUAUUGGAGAUUGUCUGUUUCUUUUUUUACUUGUCAAUCUCGCGGAAAUUAUUAUCAGCAUCCACUCACCUUCUAAAUGGCGGCAGUUAUGUAGUGUGCACGUGUAGACCGAACGGAAAUCGAGACGGCGAAGUAUUCUAAGCGUUUUUCUUUUUUUUUCUGUACGUCGCGAUUUCUCAUUUUUACAGCCUUUGUUCCGAGGAAGUGGGACAUGCCAAUUCCUGAUAGGUUCCUUGUAUUCUCUCUUACCGCCGAUUUUACCUUUAUACUCCAAACCUCAUGCGAUCUUGUGUUUUCUUAAGGAAUGUUUUCCUAUCGGUCUCGAAUUGGUUAUUUCCUUAUUCGUCUUGAGUCUCAAAUCGACUUUAUUUCUACUGUAUGUACAUCAGCUACAAUACACGUCGUUUGGUCUGAAAUAA